CUCCCCUUCCCAAGAUGGCGGCGGUGGGGCUCUUGCUUCUGAGUUGGAGCUGAGAAGAGGAAGAGGAGGGAGACCCUUCAAGGCUGCAGAAUCCCAUACUAUUGGAACAUGGAAAGUUAAAGUGGACCAAGCUACCAUUCCCAAAAUUCAAGAGCAUGGAGCCAUGACAAGGUGCGAUUCCUGUCCUUCCAGCAUCCAGGAAGGAAAUUUCACCGACCGCCAGCACCAUGCUCCGAAGGAUUCUGGAUCGGCCUUGCAUCUUGGCUCUCCUCAUUGGCUUCCAGUUUGCCUUCAUGGCUUACUUCUCUUUUGGCGGCUUUCGAAACCUGGCCUCCCUCUUUGGGCAUGAUGGCAACCCAACUUUCGACUACUCUCGUACCCACGAUGUCUACACCAACCUCAGCCUCUUGCCUCAGAAGCCAUGGCCUGGCAAUAACCAUAUGCGAUCCCUGCCAUACUGCCCAGAUCGGUCACCAUACCUCAUUGGCCCCUUGACUGUGAGCUUCAGGAACGUGCCAACACUGGAGCAGAUUCAGGAGAAGAACCCAGCGGUGGCCCUAGGAGGCCGGUACUGCCCUGCCACCUGCGAGUCACACUCCCGGACAGCCAUCAUCAUCCCACACCGCAACCGGGAGACGCACCUUCGCCACUUGCUGUACUACCUUCACCCUUUUCUUCAGCGCCAGCAGCUGCAAUAUGGAAUCUAUGUUGUACAUCAGGCUGGGAAUGCCACCUUCAACCGGGCCAAGCUCUUGAACGUGGGCGUGAAGGAGGCCUUAAAGGAUGAAGAAUGGAACUGCCUCUUCCUCCACGAUGUAGACCUCAUCCCAGAGAAUGACUACAACAUCUAUGCCUGUGACCCCUGGAGCCCCAAGCAUGUCUCUGUCGCCAUGAACAAGUUUGGCUACAACCUUCCCUAUUCACAGUAUUUUGGUGGUGUGUCGGCCCUCACUCCGGAGCAGUACCUGAAGAUAAAUGGCUUCCCCAAUGAGUACUGGGGCUGGGGCGGUGAGGAUGAUGACAUUGCUACCAGAGUACGUCUGGCUGGCAUGAAGAUAUCCCGGCCUUCGGUUUCCAUUGGACACUACAAGAUGGUGAAGCAUAAGGGAGACAGAGGCAAUGAGGAGAACCCACACAGGUUUGAUCUGCUGAUCAGGACACACCGGGCCUGGACUCAGGAUGGUAUGAAUUCCCUCACAUACAAACUCCUGUCGAAGGAACUGCUCCCCCUUUACACCAACAUCACAGCUGACAUUGGCACCAACCCUCGAGUGACCAAGGGUGGGAAGGGUGCCUUGCCCAGCCUCAGAGGGAGGAACUACGGCGGCAGCAACCAUGAGUUCCGGCAGGAAAUGUUACGCAAGACUCCCUUUGUCAAGCUAUCCCAGGCAAUGGGUUGGGGCGACGUGCCCUUUGGGACCAUCCAGGCGCUGCUGGAUCCAGGAAAGAAGGAGCAUCUCGCGCCAAAUGCGGAGAAAAUCCAAACAAGCCUUGCAAUAGGGAAAGAGGAGACUGGAGCCCCCAGUGUUGGAACAUCAGUCCAGGCUGCAGCCAGCAUGGAGGUUCCAAAGCCCACAGCGGAAGGUGGGAAAGAGAAACGGCUCCACAGUGCUGGGUGGGCAAGCUUGGGCUCUUCCCGAAAUUUGGCUGAGGGCACUGCCUCGGGCACAACACACUGGGAGGCAAUCAGCAAUCAUACUGGCUGAGAAGGUAGAGACUAAAGAGGGUAGGUCCAAGCACUCUGUAGCAACCGCCCAGCUGCCGUGUCUAGAACCAAUUGUAGGAGUUGCACUACUGCUGUGGCCUGGAGGCCUUUACACGCCCUCUCCUUGUGUGUGGUGGGCAGGUUGUGUUUAAGGGCCAGGUUUGCCAAAUCUGGCCAACGAAGAGAUCCCAAGUGCAGGAGGAUGCAACACCUGUGAAACUCUGAGGGAAUGUGCUCCCUGUUUUGUUCCCUUGCUGGUGGUCUCCAUCUCCUUCAUGCAGAUGGGAAAUCUUGGUCACUGCUCAGAGGUCCGGUGUCCUGCACAGGAAUAACCCCUCACAACUUGAAUCAGGGUCAUAUCCCACUAACUGGUAUUGGCGGGAAUCUCUAUAUACACUUUUCAAAUGGUGAUGAAGUUGACUUGAAGUUCACGUGCUGCUGAGUGGAAGAGUGGCUUGAGUUAGAUAAAUGCCAGUUGCCUUUGGGUAAAGUAGGGGGGACUUCUCCACCUCUACAUGAAGGCAGGUCCCACACAAUCAAAGGUGGGUAGCUCCUGCAAAGGCCUUGACCUCUUGCAGCCCCAAACUGCAACCUGUCCCCUGCUUCCUCUUGGCUAGUUUAGAAGAGGAGAGAGGUUCUAGACUUGCCCCUGCAGAUGCCAAAUGUCUUCCGCAUGAAGCCUUUCCAAGAGGACCUGAAAAGAUUGCCUGGUUUAGCCAGGCUUCAGACUGACCCCUCUUGUUUCUUUUCUAAAAUAAGUCUUGGGCCUUAGUUGGGCCCCUGCCACCAACGAGUUGAGAGUAGGCCUGGUUCUUUACUUCAUCUCUCUGCUCACACCCAAAUUUUUGCAACUGAGUCACACCCAAGAUAAGAAAUUUUGCACAGAGAAGGUCCCUCAGUUAAUUUGAUGUCUGUGGAAGAGGGCAAGUCCAAGCUGUUUUCUCAGGCCUACACGAUCCAGCCAGUGAGCAACAAACCUAGUGCAAUCCAAGUAGUGAUUUAGCCAGGUGCACUGGACUCUUAUCGGCUGUGCCACUGUCCAAUGCCCCUGGCUUCCAGAACUCAAUGUGGUUUGAGACUGGAACUUUGUUUUUCUUUUAGAGCCCAGCAAGAAAUACUUGCCAAGAUUAGCUCUGUUGUGAUUCAUUUGGGGCAUACCUGUGUGUACUUUUUAGCUCUGGAGCAAUAAGCUACCCACCUUUGGAAGUUGAUCACAUAAAUGCUGUAAGCGCAGUUCCACACCUGCCACCAAAUACUCCAGGGACCGCAACCACACUUCUGGCUGGGAAAGGCCUCCAUGGAGCUACUGAAUGGUUGGGUUCUUUAGAUUCCCAUCACUACCACUCCAAAAAUGCUGGAAAGUAGAGGCUGUAAACAUGGCAGGAAUAGAUGUAGCUCUAUGCUGUUCAAUGCCUACCUGCCUUUCAGGACCGCUCUUCUCCCCGUUCCCAUUUUUCUUGGGGCUGGCCCCAGCCUGCCCUCCUCUUCACCUCAUAUGUGCGUCUCACAAUCUUUCAUUUUCUGACAACGGUGCGUAGCUAUUUAUUCUAUUUAUGGAGUUAUCUCUCGCUGUAACUGCUGCUGUUCCCUUCCCCCCAUUUUUGAUAAUUGAUUUUUUAAAAUAAUAAUAAAAAAUAUUGUCCAUGAA